ACGUCAACUCAUUUUACGUCAAGUCAUUUGUAAACCAGUGAACUCGCAAGAUUUUUCUUGUGUAUUAAAACUUUGUUUUCACUCAUUUUAUGAAGUAAAUGAAACGAUUUCAACUUAAAACCAUCGCGUAGAGCUAUUGUGGAGUACCGAAAGUCAUAGUAAAAUGGUUUACAUAGAUCGAGAUGGACGCGUUUUGGAGCGCCGACCUUGGACCGUGUCUCGUGUUUUAGAAAUUUUCACAGGCCUGUGGUUUGUGAUGAUCACCUUUUUCAGAGGACUUGUAGCGCCAUUCGUAAAGGACGAGAGAAGUAGCAGCGGAAGUAAUAAUCGUAGAGGCGGUUGGGGCGGCGGCUUCGGCGGCGGUGGCGGUGGUGGAGGAGGUGGUGGUGGUGGUGGAGGUAGUGGUGGCGGCGGGGGAAACGGUGGUGGUGGCGGAUUCGGUCCAAACCGUCGUAUUGGACGUAUCAAUAACCGAUCAAUAGAUGCGCCUUGUGGCAGUUGCUGCGGAUAAAUAUUUUUGUUACGUCAUUUUAGACACUGCCAACCCACAACUAGUACGUCACAGUACGUCAAAUUAUGUAAUCUAGAUGAGAUUGUGUUGUGGUAUUUUUUAAUAACUGUAUCCAAUAAUUAAUAACU